UUUUUUUUUUUUUUAAUGAGCUCAACUAAGCAACUUGAAGUAGUGCUUCGAUAUGCCUACUUACAUGGAUUCUCAUGUGAACAAUGGUCCAUACCAACAAAAGAAUGCUUAAAUGACACAAACACUGAAAAUGAGCUUUGUGAACUCUUAUUGAGCUCUAUAUUUUCUUUAACCAAAGUGUCUGAUCCUCUACUUGAAUCCUAUUUAACAUUUGCAACUACAGGCAAUAAUACAAUAGAUAGCAACAACGUUAAGACAAGCUUCAUUUCCUUGGAAACGUUUAUAUCUCAGCUUGUACAGUUUGGACCAUCCACCGUGAGCAAAAGCCCAACGCAAUGGUCCUACAUUUUGAAGUUACUACUCGUUUUACUAUCCACAGCCAUCGACACAGAUACAGUUGUAUCCAGUCUACAGCAAGGGAAACACCAUCCCUGGGUUGAUCUCUUGAAUGACCUGCUUGAUCUUUUAUCUUGUGUAGUCGCAGUCGGUCUCUAUCCCGAUCAAUACUGUCCAUCAGCAUCACCUGCUCAUUCACCCAUUACUUUAACAUCAGCCAUUUCCUUUCACAACACACAGAACGGAUUCGAUUCACAAGUCUCGCUUCAAUCCCAGCGAUCUAUGUCUGGAUAUGAUUUUGAUGCCACGCUUGAUUUAGACAAUACACAACGAAUGGACGAAGAUGUCAAAGAGGUCAAAAGUGUGACUGAAUCGGUCAUUGAAGAAAGGAAAAAGGGGAAACGACUGGUAGAGGCCGAUAAUGCUGCACUGGCCGCUCAAAUCAUGAUUUACCUGGUCGAGAAAAAGGGGGCAAAACGUAUUUUUGAAGUCAGAAAUAAUCAAAGGCGUCAACACGAGUUGGGUCAUGAGCCAUGGCUUUCUUGUCAAAAUAGAUUGAUUCCUUCUGAUCAGUUUAUAAGAAAUAACGCGGUUGCAGCUGUGAUGCAAAACGUUCAUGUGCAGAAAUUGUUGGCACUUGUUCAGAGAUUGACAGAUAGUGAAUCAGAAAGGAGAAUGGCAGUACAUAUGAAGUAUCAUGAAUUAGAGGAUGAGGGAACUGCCAGAGCGAUGCCUAGUGCAGGUAUUAUGGGCUUCUUAUAUCAUAUGGUUCAAAUAAGGCCAUCUUUAGAAAAUGAUUUUGUAGUUGAUCAAUUACUUAAGCUUCAAACAGUCAAAGGAUCGUUUGAUGAAUCGUUUUAUCUAGAACUUUGGUUUACUGCACUUACUGGUCUUCGUGAAGCCAUGCUUAACACUAGUUGUCAAGGGCCACCUGUAGAGGAAAAGAACAAGGAGGAUGUAGAAAAAGGGUGCAGCAUUGUAGUAGCAACAAAUCGAUUGCUAUGGAAAAGCUUGGUUUUAGUAAAGCUACCCGCUAUCAUUAGCAAAUUGCAAGAAAGAAAGAAACUGAGCAGCAGUCGAGGAAUUAGGAAGUCAUUAAAAGAGAUGAAUCCUAUAGAGUCGUCCCUAAGAGAGCUCAAAGCCUUUACUGGUUUGUUAAAUGCAUGUAGCCAACCUGCCUGCUGUUUUGAAUACUACGCGCCUGACUCGAUGUCCUCUACCUUAGUAGAUAAGAUCACGUUUGGAGGCGAAGACGAAGAGGAAGACGAUAUCAUGAAGAUGAUUAACGAUAUGAGUUAUUCAACAGACUUGAACGCUUCCGCAGUUGUGAAAGCGAUCAGAGCUCUCAGUAACCAUGAUAUUUAUACAAACAUUGUCCAUGCUUGCAAACGUCUAGGCUUUGUUCGACCCAAAGUGGCUGCGGAACUACUCAAGAGCAACGAAGAUAUGAUGGAAAUUGAUGAAAGCAUAGAAGCAAAAGCUUCACCUUCUGCUGUUGUGGACCAAAAUAUUGAUCAACGUAUGGAGAUUUUGAGAACUAAUUUGACGUUUGCUGAGCUUACGGAAUUAUUACAUAUCGGAUUGGUGUCUCCUUUGCAUUUACAAAGGAUCAUAGACUUUAUCAUACAACUAUUGCAAGAAAAAACUAUAGAGGAUGACUUUUAUUCUGUCAGCAAGAUCUGUGACACUCUGAUCGAAAGUCCUUGUAGCGUUGAUUUGAUCCUUCAACUUUACACUCCUUCAGAUUUACUAGGUCCUCUAGAACGCUUCUGUAAUCAUUGGGCAUCUGACCAGAGUAUAAAUGACAUAGAUAUGGAUGAGCAAACGUCAAAUCGAAGAGGUUCAAAGGAAGAGUUGGAAGGUAUUCGAUUACUCUACAAUAAGUUUGGCAAAAUUUGGAAUCUUGUUGUAUCUGUCGUGAAGCGUUUCAAGGUUUAUCGAGACUUGAAUAAGGUCUUUAAAGAAUCAGAUGGCUUUGCAUAUCAGUUCUUCAGUCGAGGUUCACUCAUCUAUGGACAAGAUAUACAAGACGACCGAAUAGAGAGACAGAUCAACAGCUGGCUGAGCACAUUAGCCGGAAGAGGAGACGACCUUGACAACUUACUACAGACAACUAAGCCUCAAGACUUACUGUUGAUGGCGCCUACAAUUAUACAUCGCUGCAUUCUGCUGUAUGCACAGGGCCAAAUACAAAACGAUACGCUUAUGGGAAUGAUCUCGUACUUUCAAAAAUCAUUUCUAGACUUUACUCAAAUGAGCAUACUCACGACGCUCUGUGAUGAGUUACUGAAUGGUGAAUCAAACAUUGCACUCGCCUGCCUUCGUCUCUUUAUCACAUCGAACAUUCCUCUUUCUCGUCAAACGAAUCUUCAUCCCAUCCUAGGGUCCCUCGAAUCUCUGUUGGAAUAUAAGCGACAAGAGGCCCCCUUCUUAAGAAAGGAGCAGUUGGAAGAAAAUGAGAUACUCAUAAAGGAGGUAUCCGAGCUAGUAAACUAUAUCCUAAAAAACUUCAAGAUUGAAAAACCCGCGGCAGAAGAUCAGUUCCACACCGAGACGGUGACCACGGCUGUCACCCCAGACAUGCUCUUUGAAAAAGCACAGAUGAUGUUUAGAUAUAUCGUCAAAAGCGGACGAUCGAUGUUUAUGAGCGACGUUGAUGCCAACACAAAUAGGUUAUGGGAUAACAAGCCGACGACGGCCGAUCAGCAUGUUGUUUCUCAUUAUCUUGAUAUGGUUUUGUUUGAAACGGCAUUAGAAAUAGGUGGAAGUCAUUGGUUUGUCACUAUGAUCGUAUCUGAAGUAUUAGAAGCUGGCAAGAGCGGAGGCGCAGUGAGAGCAGCUGAGCUUGGAUCUUGCUUAUUAUCGACACCCUUAAUGUACUCUACAAACAAACACAACAGCAGUAUUCAUCUACUUCGCUGCUUAUUGCAAGACGUACUUCCAGCCUCCUUGGAAAAUUGUGCUCAACAAAACAUGUCCUUCUUUCAAGGUCAAACACUAGGCGUGUUCACAAGUGACUGUUUAGUUUUGAUGCAAGACAAGAAUUCCGAUGCAGCUACUAAGCUGGGCCAAUCUUUCUUUGAGACACUUGUCAUUGACGGUCAUCAUUCUCGUAAAAGGUCUCAACAGGAGCAGGACGGAAGCCGGUUUGCAGACUGGACACAGACAGUUACUCAAAGUGCUGUUUGGAGAGGCUUUAUCAAGGGGUUGAUGAGUAAUCCAAUGAUUGAAGAAAUUUGGCCAGAUGCAUUUAUAUAAACUAUAUUUACUUUAAUUAGAAUAAUCCUUUGCUGUCUUUUAAAGUCUUUAACCACUUUUUCUUAUCAUCAAGGGAAAUGAUGAUUGGUGGUACUCCUCUAAAACAUAAAGCUAUUCCCAUCGAAAGGAGCAUCAGAUCUGAGGAUAACAAUGAUUCUUAAUCAUGAGAAUGUGGGCUUGGCUUGGGGAUAUUCUAACCAGAACAUUUCCAAACAUUAAUGUAGAAACUGAGACUUUUAUGUGCUUUUUAUAGGCAGUUUUUAUUUUUAUUAGUAAAUUGUCUUUGUUAAAUAUAGGAUAAUACACACUUAGAGAUUGAUAAUUAAUGA